AUGACUAGCACCACAGAGGUCUGCAUUAUUUGUCUCGUUCAAUUAGUACUUUACUUUAUCUGCAUUAUCAUCGGUUACCUGCGGCUCUGGGCGUUUCGCAUUCAGCCUACUCCACAUUUUGAUCGACUGGAGGAUACCGGAGUGAUACGCUCAGACAAGCGUAUAAUUGUCAAUCCAGGAGCAUUGUCAGCCAUGCUUAUGUACGAUCCGGUAUUCGAACUAGAUCCGCCAACAUUUGAGGAGUACGCAGGCGUGAAAACAAUGAGAGCAUUAGCUGAGAAGGCCACUCGACGUCUUUUGCGCAAUAGCGUCACGGUGACCAACCUCCCCGUGAAUUUGGCAUUGCUCAGGCGGAGUUUGAUGAUGCUAGAUUCGAUAAGUGAACCAACCGAGAUGCCGGAAGAAAGACCUGUCAGUGGAACUGUCUCUCCUAUGGGUGCGGUUGAUGCACCAACAAGCCCAUAUCCUAAGCCUAAAACCACCAAACGGAGAUUCCUGAUUAAAAAAUAA